AUGGGGUGCGCAAGCAGUACUCCGCUGGUCGAGGGUGGUAAAAAUUUAGUGGAGGCGGCCAAGGAAACGGCCAACGAUGCCGUGACCAAAGGGGAACAAGCUCUGCACGACGUGGGGGAAACAGCAAAAGACGGAAUCGAAACGGUGAAAGAAACAAUGACGUCGGCUUUCACAACGGCGGAAAGCAGCGUCGGAAACGUAGUGGGCAAAAUCGGCGAGACGUUCAACUUCACCUCCUCGCAAGUGAAGGAGGGCGUCAACCAUUUGGAGGCGUCCAAAGACGAGAUGAUAAACAACGCAUCGGAUGCGACCGCAGAGGCGAUAUCCGAAGCUGAAACAGUCUUAGCGUCCGAAGCCGAUAACGUGAAAGAGUUCGUGAGCGACACCAAGAACAGCAUGAACGAAACCAUGAACUCGAUCGGCAAGGAUAUGAACGAGAAAGUUGAGGAUUUGAAGCACGACGCGAUCGACUUGCACGAUAAGGCGGUCGAAUCGUUGAAAAUCGAGGAGAUCGACCAAACGAUCGACCAUUUAGGCGAUAGUGUCUCCAAAAUGGAGGAGAAAGUCGAAGAAGUGUUAAAGAGCGAUUCGCCCACGAAGGAAUUAGCGAAGGAGGAGUUGCCGCCGACAUUCUGGGAGGCAGCAGCCGACGCCAUAAUCCUGAAGAAGUCCAUAAAGUGCAUGGACUUUCCCGAAGAUCCUGGUCGCAUGUUUCCGCUGACGGAAAUCGAAACGGACGACAACGACAAAAAAGACUUGUGUGUUACCGACGAUCUAAUUAUAAGUGAUUUAGAAAAAUAAUUGCAGCCUGACAAACCUAUUUCUGCUUACAUAUUUGUGAUAAAGAUAGAGGAUAUUUUUAUGAGAGAUUUGGAUGAUGUAAAUUGCGAGACGUUGGGAUUCGAAUUACAGAAUUGUUAUAUUGUUAUUCUGUGAAGGUAAUGUGACUCAUUGAUUCGUUCAAUCGAAUUCUUAUAUUUAAUAGUAAACCGACGUUUUUCGUAGUAAUUGUGCUAUAAAAACAGCUGUCACGAAAGUGAAAUCAAUGCUAUCAUUACAUCUGUUUCAAACAUUUAAUAUAGGAAAAUUAUAUCACUGAUCACAUUGAUUCAGGCAAUUUUAUUACAUUAAAUUAGUAGAAUUGAUAAUUCAGUUGAAUUUACUUGUAGACGAAAUGUUUAAGCAUAGUUGAGCAUAGUUUAAAUGUUUAUUAGUAGGUUUAAGUCUUCCUCUUCUCUGGAUUAUAAAUAAAUAAUUAAAUACUUUUUUAAAAAAUCUCCCUUAAUAUUAAAUUUUGAAACAGAAACAAUUUUAGAUAUUGCAUGCUACCUAGAUGUAUGUUUAUAUUUUUCUAAUAAGAUAUUUAACAUAUUUCUCUAGUACCUUUAUACUAAGAUAUUUUUAAUAAUUUCAAACGUACAUUAACAGAAACAUUAUAUGGAUUAUAACGUUUAUAAAUACCUCUUAAUAUGAAUGUUUUAUGGAAAAGAGACAUACUUAUAGUCAUUAUUAAUUCAGGGUUUUUCACAAAUAAAUUAUUGCCUUUGAUGUAAAUUUAGAAUUUGUUCUAGAUGUAUAAU